GCCAUCAUAUAUACCUCCGUUGAGGUCCCCCCCUUAAAUAUUCAAGGCACAUGAUUUGCAUUUGCAUGCUGCUCUAUAAGAAUGCUUACUAACUACUCAAGAGUGUAUGCACUCGGAUUGAUCAGAGGUCAUUUCAGUCUCCUUCAAACAUGUGCACCAAAAACCCCAAGCAAGGCUUUAACAAAGUGUCCUGGAGUGCUACUGAAGACAGCAUCCUAGCAGAGCAUGUCAGAAUUCAUGGAGAAGGAAGGUGGGGGAGGGUUCCCAAAAGAACAGGCCUAAAUCGAUGCCCCAGGAGUUGCCGGCUUCGCUGGUUGAAUUAUCUACGGCCGGACAUCAAGAGGGGAAACAUAUCCAUAGAAGAAGAGGAUCUUAUCAUCAGGCUCCAUAAUCUUUUGGGAAACAGGUGGUCUCUGAUAGCUGGAAGAUUACCCGGUCGAACAGACAACGAAAUCAAGAAUUACUGGAACACAGUCCUGAAGAAGAAGAAGCUAAAGGUUCCCUCAGUUGAAUCCGUGCAUUCAAAUGGAGAGGGAGAUCAGAAGUGCAAGAGUAAAAAGGAGAUUGGAAGUCCACAAUUUGAGUCUCCAACUCUCUUCAAUGAGUCAUCUGCAUGUAAAGAGCAUGACAACAGAACUAGCAAAAGGGAGUACAAAGAAGCAUGGCUAAAUGCAGGAAAGAUACCUGAUGCUUCUUUCUUCCCACUUGAAGAUAGUUAUACAUUUGACCAAUUGAUGGGUUCGGAUAUUGAGCAGAUCGGCUCAAGUUGUGUUUUAGACAUUGAUGACUUGGAGAAAGACCAAAGAAUUUGGGGAAGUGCUUAUUCUCCCAUGUCUUUUGAUGAUAGUUGGGGAAUAUCAGACAAUUGGUUGGGCUGGUUGGGAGAGAACAGCAUGGAGUCAUACAUUCUUCCUCUCUGAGACAGAUAACUGAGUCAUUGCCUCACAAGGUUUGUAAUAGAAUAUUCUACAAAUGUUGAAGGCUCGCACAUUCUCACUUGAUAAAAUUACCUGGUGAGAGCCUUGAUCUCAUGUUUUUCCAACCUGAAGAAUAUGCCUGAGUAAUCAACCCAGGAUCCUGCAAAGACACUGAUGCACCCCGUGAGUUCUUUAUUUGAUACAUAUCAGGAAGUAGUGUGUGCAGUAAGCAAAAAACAACAAGAAGACAUGCUACCAUAUUUUUUAUAUUCCUCCCUUUCUUAUGCAAUAUACAGCUAAUAAUGAUGCUGUGCUUGUAUACUCAACAUAAAUA